UGGAACACUCCUCUGCUUGCUUUAAAUACCUAACAUGGACAAUUUCUCGGCAACCCAACAGAGUUGUAAAGUAAACAAACACUGCUGCAAAUCAAAAUCAACUAGCUUCAUCUCCUUGAAUUCGAUUUCAUUAUCAAAUCCAAUAAGCAAAAGAUGUCGCUGAUCCCAAGCAUCUUCUUCGGCAACCGACGAGGCACCCAUCUUCGAUCCCUUCUCUCUAGACUUCCCUUGCCAUCAACUUUCUCGGGAAAAUUCGGCAUUCGCGAGCACCCGCCUGGACUGAAAGGAAACACGGGAAGCUCAUAUGUUCAAGGCCGAUCUUCCUGGUCUGAAGGAGGAAGUGACGGUCGAGAUCGAGGAAGACGAUAGGGUUUUGCAGAUCAGCGGUGAGAGGAAUUUCGAGGAGGAGAAGAACGAUACUUGGCACCGUGUCGAGCGCAGCUCCGGCAGGUUCACGAGGAGGUUCCGGCUGCCGGAAAAUGCGAAAAUGGAUGCGGUCAAGGCGUCAAUGGAGAACGGAGAACUUACCGUUACAUUUCUCAAGGUUGAGAUGAUUGAUAUCUCGCAACAAAGCUAUUGCCUACGCCAAAUAUGAUGGUGGGUGAAAUCAAUAAUUAUGCUGAUGUGAUGCUGCUACUGUCCCAAGAUCUCCAUUGUUAGGUUAGAAGUUCUGAUCCUUUCGCCAAGGCCUUCACCACUAUUGUUGACAAUACAUGCAUGCAUGUCCUAUAAAAUCUCUGUAUUUUUCUUUCUUUUUAGGGAAGAAUUUGUUAAUCUAGUAUUUGAUUACCAUUGCACCAACUGGAAAAUCAUAUUCUGGAGCUGCCGAAAAUGCAUGUUUUGUUUUGGUCUUUUUUUUAUUUUUUUGGUUUUUUUUGUUUGUUUUGUUUUGUUUUGGUGUUUUUUUCUUUUUAU